AUGACUAACCCCAACAUCAUCAGGAGCUGCGGUACAUCAGAAUCCAUGUGGACCGCCAGUCAUGCGCUUGGAAUCUACUUCCGCAUCUCAAACACGGCCACCUUGGCCAUUCCAAGAGCGCAAUUCAAAAAUGGCUCUGUGUUACAUCUGAUACGCACCGCCGUAGCCCAAGUCAUGCUUAAGCAGCCGGCAAUGCGCGUUGGCAUUAUUGGAGAAAACUCAAAACAGCCACGAUUCAUCGCCUUGUCGUCUGUUGACUUUUCAGAACAGGUUGAAGACGCGGAAGCAUCGUCUGUCGACUCCGUUGCUAAGAACUUAGAAAAGCUGUUGUUGCAGCCAUGGCCCGAUCUUUCGAAGCACCCGGGCUGGCAUGUUCGGGUCUUCCAUGAACCCAACUUGGCAAAUGAGGACUGCUGCCGGCUCCGAAUUUGUCUGACCGUCCAUCACGCUAUCUGCGAUGGAGAAAGCACUGCAAAGUUUCACAUAUCCCUGGUUGACGCCCUUAACAAUCCUGAUCCCGCCGUGGCGCUGAUGAUGGACAAAAGUCUUGUCGUGAACUUGACUGACGAUCUCUGCGACUACCCUCUCCCACAGGAGAAGCUCAUCAAUUUCACUGCAGACAUCUCCUGGACAGUAUCCGAACUCUGGAAUAUGUUUGCACCGUCAUACCUCAGACCUUCUACAUUUCAGAAGUGGGCGGGUGAGCCGUGCAACCCUGACAUUCAAGCCGUCAACAUUCGCUACCUUUCGCUGAGUUCCGUACUCACUCAAGCUGUAGUUAGAAGGUGUCACGAGGAAAACACUACAAUGACCAAUCUUCUCAAUGCGCUUUGCGCUGCCUCAUUAGCGAGACGUGCGCCCCUGACCAAGCAACAGGGCUUUGUCAAUCUCACAGCUAUCAGCCUACGACCGUGGAUUUCCGACAAAAUACACUUCAACAAGACUCACAUAUCUAAGUACGCAUCAUCACACGCGCAGGGAAUUGGGCCUAACGUCCUGGCCAAGAUUCGACAGGAUGGGGAUGCUAACGUCUGGAAGCUCGCGGUCGAAUUGCGACAGGACAUGAAGAGAAGAACAGACACAAUACCACAUAACGAGUUCUCGUAUCUUUUCCGUUAUGUUGGCGAUUGGCGUGAUAUAUUCCAGGCGAGAUACGGAAAGCCGAGGCGGGAACUAUGGACGUUGAGCAACCUGGGUUCUAUCGCCGUCCCGGCGUCCAAGGGCCCCUGGGAAUUGGAGAGUUUCUUGUUUGCCCAGUUUGCGCCGGUUGUUAGCUGUGCUCUUAUGGUCAAUGCUGCAAGUGUUGAGGGCGGAGAUAUGACCGUGUCAUUUGCAUGGCAGGAUGGAAUCCUAGAGACGGAACUCGUACAAGGGGUGAGAGACGACUUGGAAAUGUGGCUGCUUCGACUUGGGGAGGAGGGGAAGCUAGGAAUUUCUUCAUGA